GUAAGUUGGCAGCACAAAUGCGGUCACGUUAAACGCGCGGGUGGCCGUGAUAAAAUAUAAAUAAUAAUAAUAAAUAACAAUUAUGGACGUGUUAUCACCGCCAGCAGCCAAAAAAGCCAAGUCAGUGCACUGCCAUACUCUGGAUGAUUUAUUCGGCAUUAAAGCACUGCUGUCCGAUGAGUACAAAAAGGAAAUAAGGCUGAUAAAGGUACACAGUUGUGAAUUGGAAAGCAAGCAACAAUUACAAGCCGUAAUACAGGAACUUGCCCAGAAACUGCCGCAUUUUCAGCAUUUGAAACGUGUUCAUGACAGAAACGUCCUCAUCUGCCCCACGGCUGACAUCAAGGACACUCUGGAACAGCAUUUGAAACAGCAUCAAAUCUCCGACCAUGUCCUCAAAGCCCUCUGUCGCAAUGUUAAUGUGGUGGAAGUUCCUGCGAAUAGCGCCAAGCUGCGAGUGCAAUACGAUCAAAUGGUUAAAUAUUGGCCCUGCAAGUUUCAUCCGGAUAAAUAUGCUGAAUCCUUGCAGAAUGGCAGUAAUUUCACGAGCAGUCAACGCCUCUAUCACAAGCGCAUGGCGCAGCUGCUGCGACAUCUGUCUAGAGAUCUGAAUCAAGGUCAGCCCGUGGCCAUUUGUGUGGAUCCCCGUCAGCCUAGCAUAGUUGCCAUUGCUGGCAGUAGCAACAGCGAAGGCUCGCAUCAACAUUGCGUCAUGUGGCUGGUGGAUCAUGUGGCACGAAGUCAGCAAGGUGGCGCCUGGCAAUCACAGGUAGACUUUGUGCAGGACGAGCAGCAGCAUGCAGCAAAAACAUUGCGCGGUUUGCCACAGAAUUACUAUGACUACUUGCAAAGUCAUGAACACUGCAAGGACUUGCAAUAUGGCGCCGAGUUGCCCAGGCGAGGUAGCGAGAAACAACCGGAGGAUGAGCUGGGAACGUCCGUCGACAAUCUUAGCAAGUAUGGACCAUAUUUGUGCACCGGCUACGACAUCUACUUGCUGCGCGAACCUUGUCUCAUGUGCGCCAUGGCUUUGGUGCACAGUCGUGUAAAACGCAUCUUCUUUCUAGAGCAGUCCAAGAAUGGAGCGUUGGCCAGCAGUUUCCAGCUGCAUGGGGUCAAGGAAUUGAAUCACCACUACGAGGUGUUUCAGUUUACAACGACGUCAUGACCAACGUUUUAAACUUAACUCUGUUUAAUGCACAUAAAACAAUAGAUUACAUGUUCAUAGCAAUGUUUCCAUCUUUGGUGCGCUGAAUGGGACGUUUUUUGUGGCACUUUGACGUGUGGGUGUCGAUAUCAGGCCCAGCAAAUGACAGUCAGCCUCCAGUAUGGUGAUAUCCUU